AUGGCCAUGGCCAACGACGCACAGCCCGACGCCGAGACGCUGCAGGUGCUGCAGGACAUGGCCCACCGCCUGCGGAUCCACUCCAUCAGGGCCACGUGUGCCUGCAGCUCCGGGCACCCCACAUCGUGCUGUAGUGCCGCGGAGAUCAUGUCCGUGCUCUUCUUCCACGCCAUGAGGUACAAACGGACCGAACCGGAGCACCGCGACAACGACCGGUUUGUCCUCUCCAAGGGCCACGCGGCUCCAAUCCUCUACGCCGCUUGGGCCGAGAUAGGCGACAUCCGCAAAUCCGACUUGCUGAGCUUGAGGAAAAUCCACUGCGACUUGGAGGGACACCCCACGCCUCGACUCUCGUUUGUUGACGUGGCAACAGGAUCCCUCGGGCAAGGACUAGGCGCUGCCUGUGGAAUGGCGUACACUGGCAAGUACUUCGACAAGGCCAGCUACCGGGUGUUCUGCCUCCUGGGAGAUGGCGAAUCCUCCGAAGGCUCUGUCUGGGAGGCUUUGGCUUUUGCUUCCCACUACAAUUUGGACAAUCUCGUGGCAGUCUUCGACGUGAACCGCUUGGGACAAAGUGGCACUGCCCCCUUGGAGCACUGCACAGACAUCUAUCAGAAUCGCUGUGAAGCCUUUGGGUGGAAUACUUACCUAGUGGAUGGUCAUGAUGUGGAGGCCUUGUGCCACGCAUUUUGGCAAGCAGCUCAAGUGAAGAACAAACCUACUGCUGUCAUCGCCAAGACCUUCAAGGGUCGAGGUAUUCCAAACAUUGAGGAUGCAGAAAAUUGGCAUGGAAAGCCAAUGCCAAAAGAGAGAGCAGAUGCAAUUAUCCAGUUAAUUGAGAGUCAGAUACAGACCAACAGGAAUCUCAUGCCCAAGCCCCCUGUGGAAGACUCACCUCAGAUCAGCAUCACUAAUAUAAAAAUGACCUCUCCGCCUACUUACAAAGCUGGUGACAAGAUAGCUACUCGAAAAGCAUGUGGUUUGGCUCUGGCUAAGCUAGGCCAUGCACAUGAAAGAGUUAUUGUUCUGGAUGGUGACACAAAGAACUCCACCUUUUCUGAGAUAUUCAAGAAAGAACACCCUGAGCGUUUCAUAGAGUGUUUUAUUGCUGAGCAAAACAUGGUUAGUGUGGCACUGGGCUGUGCCACACGUGGUCGUACCAUUGCCUUUGCUAGUACCUUUGCUGCCUUUUUGACCCGAGCAUUUGAUCAGAUCCGAAUGGGAGCCAUCUCCCAAACUGAUAUCAACCUCAUUGGUUCUCACUGUGGGGUAUCCAUUGGUGAAGAUGGACCAUCUCAGAUGGCCCUAGAAGACCUAGCCAUGUUUCGAAGUAUUCCCAAUUGCACCAUUUUCUAUCCAAGUGAUGCUAUAUCAACAGAGCAUGCGGUUUAUCUGGCUGCCAAUACCAAGGGCAUGUGCUUCAUUAGAACCACCCGACCAGAAACUGCAAUCAUUUAUACUGCACAAGAAAAUUUUGAGAUUGGACAGGCCAAGGUAGUCCGCCACAGUGUUAAUGACAAGGUUACAGUUAUUGGAGCUGGAGUUACUCUACACGAAGCCUUAGCAGCUGCUGAUGAUCUUUCUCAACAAGGUAUUUCUAUCCGUGUCAUUGACCCAUUUACUAUUAAACCCCUGGAUACAGCCACUAUUAUUUCCAGUGCAAAAGCCACAGGUGGCCGGCUUAUCACAGUAGAAGAUCACUAUAGAGAAGGUGGUAUUGGAGAAGCAGUCUGUGCAGCUGUCUCCAGGGAGCCUGACAUCCUUGUUCAUCAGCUGGCAGUGACAGAAGUGCCUCGAAGUGGGAAGCCUAGUGAAUUGCUGGACAUGUUUGGAAUCAGUGCCAAACAAAUCAUAGAGGCUGUGAAAUGUACUUUAAUGAGCUAAGUAGCUCAUUUUUUAACAAAUCUGUUGA